ACUGAAGUCAACAGCAGCAGAAGAAGAUUUGUGAGUCCACGAGUUUGUGUGUCUUGUGUUGAAUAAAACUGUGAUCAAUGGCAGGUGUUGAGUUGUUGUCAGAUCAGGGAUACCGGCUGGAUGGACGAAAAUCCUCCGAGCUGCGUAAAGUUCAGGCCCGUAUGAGUGUGUUUGCUCAGGCAGACGGAUCUGCUUAUCUGGAGCAGGGAAACACUAAAGCUCUGGCAGUGGUGUAUGGACCACAUGAGACACGAGGUUCCCGCAGUAAAUCAUUGCAUGAUCGUGCAGUCAUUAACUGUCAGUACAGUAUGGCCACAUUCAGCACAGCGGAGAGGAAGAGACGUCCACACGGUGACCGCAAGUCCAGUGAGAUGAGUCUUCACUUGAAACAGACUUUUGAAGCUGCAGUUCUCACUCAGCUCUACCCACGAUCACAGAUCGACAUCUUUGUCAAGAUUCUGCAGGCGGAUGGCGGGAACUACAGCGCAUGUGUCAAUGCUGCUACUUUGGCUCUGGUGGACGCUGGAAUCCCCAUGCGUGACUAUGUGUGCGCCUGCACUGCUGGCUUUGUGGAAGACACACCACUGGCUGAUCUUUGUCAUGCGGAGGAGAGUGGAGGGGGCACUUCACUGGCACUGGCGCUGCUGCCCCGCAGUGGGAAUAUCGCCCUGCUGCAGAUGGACGCCCGGCUCCAUCAGGACCACUUGGACACAUUAAUAGAGGCAGCCAUGACGGCAUGCAAAAGUCUUAGUAAAGUCGUGGAUACUGCUGUGCGGCAGCAUCUGCAGGAGGUUUCAGUUCUUACCAGCGACUGAAAAGCACCACAGCUUUCAUGUGACAACUGAUGCCCUUUUAAAGAGAAAGUUCACCCAAAAAUGUAAAAUACUAUCAUGAUUUACUCAUGCUCAUGUUGAUCCAGAACUGCAUUGCUUACUUUCUUUGGUAGGGCACAAAAGGAGAUUUUUGUGUUUUUAGUUCCACAGAAGAAAAAGAAACUAAUAGGGGGGUUGAAACAACAUGAGAGUGAGUACAUGAUGACUGUAUUUUUAUUUUUGAAAAAAGUAUUCCUUUAACUACACCCUUGGCUCACUGGAGCUAACUGUUUAGUAUUUUCCCAUGGCAGGAAGAGUGUACGGCUGAAAUGGCACAUUACACCACAAAAAAUUACAUUUUGCCUGGUGGAGACAUAGAGACUCUCUACAAUAAUUAUAUUUACAUCAUUUAUAUGAAAAUAAAGAAAUUCUCCAUUUCAGUGAUGAGA